UAGACGAGUCCAACACGAUACACCUGAAGCUCAUUUUAAACCCUUGCACGUGUUUCAAAUGUAAUCUGGUCACCCAGAGAACGAAGAUCACGGCCGACCAUCGCAAUACGACCACGGGUGCGACCACCAGUGCAUCGCCGAGAACAGCUCAACGGGACCAAGCGUUUCCCUGGCUAUGAUGUGGAGAGGACCCGCGCCGAGAACAGCUCAAUGGGCUCCUGCACUCCUUGCAAGAAACGGGAAAGCAAAGCCAGCAUGAACAAGACCUCCAAGUUACUGUCCACCAGUGCCAAAAGGAUUCAGAAGGAAUUGGCAGACAUCACACUGGACCCUCCGCCAAAUUGCAGCGCCGGGCCCAAGGGAGACAACAUCUAUGAGUGGCGCUCCACCAUCCUGAGACCCCCGGGCUCCGUGUACGAGGGAGGAGUCUUCUUCCUGGACAUCGCUUUCACGCCAGACUACCCCUUCAAACCCCCCCUACAAAAGCGUUUCUCUGGCUACGAUGUCGAGAGGACCCGCAUCAAGGUCGCCAUCAGAAAAAGGUGUAAAUCAUUUAAAACAUAUUUCAGCAGACACUUGUUAACUCUCUGGGAAGGAAGGCCACACCACAACCAAUCUCGAAUACGACCUCAGAUCAGACGAGACAACCCGCUGAACUUAAGCAUAUCAGUAAGCGGAGGAAAAGAAACGCUGGAAAUAACUGGUCGCCAUCAGAAGAUGCUGGAAAAGGGAACCCUGGUCCACACCAAGGGCACCGGAGCAUCUGGGUCUUUCAAGAUCGCGAUUAGGUCCCACACGAUACACCUGAAGCUCAUAGAGCAACGCAAAGAUCCACCAAUAGUGCAAGAAUAUGAUGUUCCAGUGUUUGCUAAAGAUAAAAAAGACCACUUUAUUAAAUCCCAAUGGGACCUGACCACUCAGCAGAUCCUGCCCUAUAUUGACGGAAGGAAGCACGGCGAGGGCAACUGGAAGCGCAUGCUGCUGGACCACGACUACAACGGCCGCACGGGCGUCAUGCUGAAGGACCGCUGGAGGAUCCUGAAGAGGGAUACCGUGGCCUGA